CUACACACACAACUCCACUCAUUCCUCAUAUGGACAGUCUGAGUGUCUGAGAUUCGUUGAAGUUCAUUGGAGUCAAUCACAAGAAAACAAGAAAGUGAUAAACCCGUUCCUUCAACCCCUCAACGACGAAAACGAAUCCGAAAGUGCAAUAAUCUAUUUUGUUUGUUGCCGAGAAAAUUCUGUUGUCUUCCUAAGACUCACCUUGACACGUCGAAAUUUCAAGCCCUUACAUGUGUUGUGGAGUUUUUGUGACUAUCCAGAGGGUUCAGAGUCUACCGAGAAUACCAAAAAAAACGUCAUUACCAUUUGCCUACCGGUAUUUCCAGACUUGUCUCCUCGGGGUGUAGUCGACGCUGUUGAAAUUGGAACGAUGAACCUUUUGUGAUUCCAGGGAGCAUGUGCUCUAAUCCACAAGUGCAAUUUUCAUCAUCGAUAAGGGGUUAAUUACGCUCUGAGUCAAUGAACAGAGAUGAUUGAGAGAUGAUGAAUUUUUGUGACAACUCGUCGGUGAAGAUUCUGCAGUUGUAAAUAAAAUUGGCAUCAGCAGUUCCUGAUAAUAUGGGAUUCGAUGUGAUUAGGUUCCAGGGAGAAGUUGAUGAGGAACUCAUCUGUCCAAUUUGUUCUGGAGUGUUGGAAGAUCCUGUACAGAUGAGUGAUGUGUUGCAGGCUCAGGUAUGUGAGCACGCCUUCUGCCGUUUGUGCAUCAACGAGUGGAUAAGUCGUCAGCCCACAUGUCCCCUCGACAGGACUCCAAUAACAUCAGCCCAACUGCGACCAGUGCCUCGCAUCCUUCGUAAUCUCCUGGCACGUCUUUGCAUCAACUGUGAUAACAUGAGGUACGGUUGUCAAUCGGUGAUCAAGCUGGACAGUCUUGUGAGUCACCUGGAUGAAUGUGAGUUCAAUCCGAAGAGACCGGUACCCUGUGAGCAGGGCUGCAACCUGAUAAUCCCCAAGGACGAGCUGAAGGACCACAACUGUGUCAAGGAGUUGAGAAGCUUGAUACAGUCGCAACAUCAGAAGCUGAGUGAUAUGAAGAGGGAACUUGGGGAGCAACAAUUUCAGAUCAAUGAGCAGAGGAGGGAGAUUAAUCUGCUGAAGGAUUUUAUGCGUGCCAUGAGGGUCUGUAAUCCAGCUAUGAGGGCCAUUGCUGAUCAGAUGGAGAGAGAUGAGGUUGUCAGGUGGUCCUCUACCCUGCCCAGGGCCAGGGUCACCAGGUGGGGCGGAAUGAUAUCUACACCUGAUGAAUUGUUACAGACGAUGAUUAAGAGAACGUUGUCGGAGUACAACUGUCCUCCCCAUGUUAUUGACGAGUUGAUGGAGAACUGUCACGAGAGAAAAUGGCCACCGGGGUUGAAUUCCCUUGAAACACGACAAAAUUCACGAAGACAAUACGAGAAUUAUGUCUGUAAACGAGUGCCUGGUAAACAAGCAGUUCUGGUUCUCUACUGUGACAACGCCCAUAUGCCUGAGGAUAUGAUGGUGGAACCAGGGCUUGUUAUGAUUUUUGCCCAUGGUAUUGAGUGAAAAUUGAGAAGAGAAAAUCCGAUGGUGGUAGUCACUACUUCAAGAUACCUGUGAGUUAAAUAUUAUGGAUGGGAAAAUUGCAUUGCAAGGAUGAAUUUAAGCUCGAAAAAUUCUGUCCAAAAUUUAUGGUUUUGUUUUUUUUUUGUUAAUUUUUUAGGAGAAAUAUUCAGUAGUUUUUUGCGGUUUUCUUAUGAUAAUUUAUAGACAAUGUGUGAUAGAGAGGAUCAAAAGAUGUGAAUUCUGCAAUGAAAAUUUCCAAACGUGAUAAGUCGAAUGGGAUAAAAAUAAAAAUUGCAAGCAUAUGUAUUCAGUCGCCAUUGAGUAAGGCUUCGUGCAUAAAAAAUGCUUAAAAUUUAUAGUUUUUUGCUAGGGGAAAUAUCCAAUAUUUUUUCGUUGUAGUCUUUUCAAGAAAAUUCGUAGAAAAUAUUUGAUGAAAAAUAUCCCUAGGCUGUAAUUUUUCAACUGAAAUUUAUAAAAUUAAUUGAUAAAUGUUUUGCUUUAUCUGAAUCUGAAAAAUUCAGUAAAACGAUUUGUACGGAGCAAUCUUAAUUCAUGGAAUUUCUGCAUCACAUGUUCCUUAUAAACAAUUCUAUAAAAUCGAAAGAUAAAUUCAUUGAUUUUCAAAUAAAAACCAAUAAAUAGCCAUCUGAAUUCCCUAGGGAUUUUUCUUUCUUUCCCCUUUUUAAAAGAAGCUCUUAGAGAAUAUUUGAUAAGGAAGCGUUAGAAUGCUGUAAUUUUUCAGUUGAAAUUCGUAAAAUUCAUUUAAAAAUGUUGUUUUUCCUCUCGAUUUGCAAAAUUCGAGAAGGAAAAAUCUUAAAAAAUAUUUCAUGAUUCAGGAAAAUCAGAAUUCAUGGAAUUUCCAUACCACGUAUUCCCUGCGAACGUUUUCUAUAAAAACUGAAUGGUAAAUUUAUUAAUUUUUUUAUAAAUAUCUAUAAAUGACGAAUAGAAUUGCGUACAGAUUUUAUCAUGCGUAAAAAUCAAUCUAUCGCAUAAACUAAGAAUUGACAAGAGUCCGACAUAAAGAUGCCGAGGCUUUUUGUAUAAAAACCGUGAAAACCGUGAACAUCCGCACGUUUAAUUAUUUUAAAUAACUAAGACUGUGAUACACUCAACUUUCUAUUGUCACAAUGAUGAUUACUUGCGACUAGUAAUACAAUGUACACGCCAGUUUUAAAACCAGGGGUGAGAAGAGAUAAUCAUGGUUAAUCUCACUGCAACUAAUCUGUUACAUCCCCCGGUAUUUAAAUUUUUUCUUUGAUGAUUAUUCGGCUGUACUUGCUGUGUCAUUACUUGCGCUUAACUCGAUAUUAGUUUAUAAGUUUUCAAUACUUACAGUCUAAUUUCAGGCCCUGUCCUUAAAUUUAAUGUCCUCCAUUUUUGGAUCACCCCAGAAUGUUGUGUUUUUAUAAUGUCAUUUACUUUUUUUAAUACAAAAUAAAAAACAAAUCAAUGAGUUGAAGUUGA